UGAUGCAAAUGUCACAGUAGUGAACUAUCUAAUGAAGUUCGUUGAAUGCAAUUCACAAUAAUUAAGUUUACGACACCUGUCAAAAGUGACCACUCAAACUUGUCACUGAUUGCGCUUUGUGUAUUGUAGCUGCAUUAAAAAGAGUUCAAUUGCGUUGAAAUACAUUCAAUAGGAUUUGUACCUUAUAUUUUAUGUAAAUGAGAAAUUUUGCACAAUAUAAGUGACAUGGAACCUAUUGAUACUGAGAUCUCUACAGAUGCAGAAUUGCAAAAUAUGUAUGCAUCGGAUGGCGUCUUGAAACUAUGUGAAAGCGAUGAUGAAAUACUUCAGUCCGAUAAUGAAGCGAAUGCUAAUGAAUUAAAAGCUAUUGAAUCAUCAGAUGAACUUUAUGAGCCUUUGCAAAGACCAACUUAUGUUGCUCCAAAAAUUGAAUGUAAUAAUGACGUAUCGCAAGUUAGUCUUGAGGAUGGGGAAUUAUUAGACCCUGAUUCGUCAAAUGAUUAUGAACCUUUACAACGUCGAAACACGUUCACCAAAUCGACAGAAAAUAAAAAUAAAUUAUCAUCGGAUAGUGAGAAUUCAUCUGAUAAUUCCUUUAGCGGUUUAGAAACUUUCAGAGUUGAACGAAAAGUUCAAAAAAAGCGUCCUAUUAUGGUACGUGUUAAUACACCAAAUGAAACACGCACAAAAUUUAAGAAAAAUAAUGUUUGGGCAAAAGCAUUAGAAGAAGAGACUCUUACCGAAACAAUGAGGUCGAUAAACGUUACUUCUGAUUUUUUAGUGGAAAGAAAUGUUGAGAGUUACCCAAUGAGAUAUAUUAAUAGAAAACGUAGACUUUCAAGCAAUGACGAUGAAUGUUUUAUAUCGAAAAGACAUCGUCGUACUGCGAGCAAUGAAGAACAAGAUGAAGGUUUUGAUUUUAGUCGAUUGGGAGAUAAGCCUCGUCAUAAUAAAGGAUCAAAUAAGUUGAAAAAACAAAGAUAUAUUCCUGAUCUGAAGGACAUAGAAGGACGUGAUGCGACCGACAUAGCUCACGAAAUAGCCGAAAACCUUCAUGAACACAAAUCUGAUUUAAUAGAACGAAUCUUAAAUAUAUUAGGUGUGGAUAUUCCUAUAGAGAUAUAUAAAAAAACACAGGCUAUUGAAGAGGAAGGAGGUAUGAUGGUUUUGAAUGGAACUCGUAGGCGAACAUCUGGAGGAGUAUAUUUUUAUCUUCUUAAAGGUGAUUCAAGAGUUUCAAAAGAGAAACAUGAUGAAAUAUUUGAGUUCGAUAAGGAAAAAAAUUCCAAAUGGGCUAAAUCAAUAAAGGAUGAAGCACGUGAUCGAAAAGUUGAAGAAUUGAAACAACGUCUAAAGGAUCACGAUUUUUCGAAUUCUAAAAACAAUUUUUUGCUAGGUUCUGAUUUGAGUGCAGAAAAUCAGAGUGGUAAUUUAUCCAAUCCUCCUCCAUCACCAGUUGGUAACGAUAAUAGUUCUAAUGUUGUGCCUGAAGUUAAUCUUCAGAGUCCUGUACGUUCGCCAGUUACCACACAUACUGUUUCAACUGAAUCAAAGUAUUUGGAUGAAGAUGUUAUUGACUUAAAUUACGAAAUGGAUUUGUUUUGAACAAAUAUACUGAAUAAUAAUAGAACAAAUUAGUUAUAAUUGAAAAUAUUUUUUUAAGUUUAUAUAUAAAUUUAUAUAAAA